AUGCUCAUGUACAAGUCCCCGAAGGAAAAGAUGAAAUAUAUGACCGAGAUGGCUUGCAAAAUCGUCAUGAACGCAAAGGAACUCUGCGAAGAAAACUUGGAUGCCGACGCAGACGAGAUCGGAGAAGAUUUGCAGUUCCUCGAAAAGGUGGUAGAGCAAAUGCAUUCAACAUGUUGGGCGAUCGUAGCAAGGAUGAGGGGGGAGGCUCUUGAUGAACAAAUGGACGAGUCUUGGGAUGAAAUAUCAGACAAAGUCUCAUUAAUAGUGGAAAGUUCGAUGGACGUUGACGAUGAUCCAGCGCCACGUAAACGGAAGCGGAAGGGCGAUAAGGAGAAUACCAUCGGUCGUCUGCCAAAUGGAGAGAAUGGCGACAAGUCCGUUCGCAAACGGAAAGGCAAGGGGACUCAAAAGGGCAAUGGAGGAUGCACGGCCAAGGACGCCAACGACAACGCCAGAAAUGGGGGCGGGGGUAAGGCGUCAAAGGGAUCAAACGAGGCGUCAAAGAGGUCGGGUGAGGCGGCGCAGGAAUCAGACACAUCAGUUGAUAAAGAGAUACAAGCGGAACAGGAGGAGGAAGAGAACAGAGAGUACCUCUUCCAAGUGAAGUAUCGCCGCCAAUAUAUCAAAAUGAAGCUCGCCGCUGAGAAUGACGUUCUGACGGUGAUGUCGUUGUGGACGAGCAUCAACAGGGACGCGCUCAGAGAUCACAGACUGGAAGAGAACGACGCAUAUUGGCGGCUGCUGGCGGGCUAUGGGACCCCGACUAUAAAAGAGUUUGAUGCACACUUUGGCGCUUUCGUGGACAGCCAGGGUUCCUUUCAGGAGCAAGUCAAUUGGGAUAAGAGGAUAGAUCAAUGCCCGAUCGAUGGUAGGAUAGAGAGCAGAGACAAGUUGAUAUACAAGACAAAGGGUACACACAAGGCUCAAUAUGUCGUCCAUAACAUCCUCAGCACGAUGAUGCAGAUCAAACAAGCUAUCGAUUGGAAGGGGAAAGAGACAGAGUGGAAGACCGCAUACACCAACAGGAGAUUCAGAGACGAAUGCAAGGCAAGAAUUGAAGAGAUGAAAUCGUUGAAGAGCCCCGACGAUUAUAAACAGUGGCUAGAGGCGGAGCGCAAGAAAUUCAAGGAUCGGCAGGGAAAGUCAAUCACUGCCCGCAACUGGGCGCUGAGGCUGUAUGCCAAGUUUGGGUCCAUAGUAUUGUUAGAUCCACGGUGGAGUCCAGAAUUGUAUGGCAAGAGCAACAGGAGCGACACAUUCGGCAAAUUCCUCGAUUACAUGGACGAUCAUCCGAUCUAUAGAAAGACCACCUGGGAAGAAGCGGUCCGAUACGACGGAAACGUCGUGGAGGUCAACGGGGACGCAUACAUCGACGCCUACACAGGGAGCCAAAUCGAAAACAAUAAGAUGGUGCUCGGGGUCGUCAGAUACGUAACAAAGGAUGAGGAGGUAGUGGCGCAUGUCAAUGAAUUCAUCAAAAAGAAAGUCGAGUAG